UAGUAAUUAUGUAGGAUACAGAUGUUGUAGUCAAAUAGCACGCGACCGCCACCUGGUUCAGCUCGACUCAACUAAUAGAAUCGAGAGCUGACGCACUAGUGUGACGCCAGUGAGUGCAGGGUUUCUUAGUCACAUAUUGCUCUUAUUGCUUGCACGUCGUCGACUCGAGAGAUACGCGCGGACCUCUAACAAUGACAGAAAAUCUGAAAGACAAAUCUGUACUGGGGCACGUCAUAUUUGCUGUUUUUGCGUUCUAUUGACCACUGCUAUCACUAUAGUUCCCGCUCUUGUGUCUGUUGUCGCUGCUUGCUCUCAGAAUAUGUUACCACCUUUGAAGCGUGAGCAGCAAUCAUUACCACGCAUAUGUACCAAUGUUUCCGUCUGUCACUAUCUGAAAUGUUUGUAUCCUAAAGUUGAAACAUCUAUCCAGUCCCCGGUAUUCGGACCUUAAUGACGAGUUUCGUGACUCGCCUUAACUGGGUUAGAAGAUAAGGGAGAGAAAAACUAAGCAUGUAUUCGCUGGAAUGAAGAGUGGGGUUAAAGCCACAAUGGAGUCAACAUUUUGCUCCUCCCGUACUUUCGAUGACCCCACUCCGACUCAUUCCCAGAAAGCAAAAGGGAACUCAUCCCGUUGUCUCUGCUAUACCAAAUGCAUAUUGCACUUCGACUCUGUAAUCAGCAGACACAGCGUUACUUCUUGCUAGUUUUCCCUGCUGCCAUCUUGCGAUCGCUGUUGUUGUUGUCUACGCUCGGAUUGACGGACCUAAAACCGUGCUCGCCAUCUGACUUCAGCAGAGUGUAUGGUCGUUGAAUAACGGCGAGAAGCGCUCCAGAUAGAACGAGCGAAAGAUUACGAGACAGCUGAAGCUUGACACACACACUGAUUGUACAAUCUUUUUGAAUAAGGAUCUAUGUGUGCGUGAGUUUACAGAAAAUUUGGCUGUAGCCCUUUAAAUCGUAAGAUAAAUAUCGACAUCAUUGUUACUUCGUUCUGUUCCGUCGCCUCAAAGUAGCUAUUAUAUUGUACAAUUGACGUUUGUUACGAGACCUGCUCAAGCCUUUUUUCACAAUGUCAUACACAGCUGAAUCCAUCACCCUUUUGGUCCCUUACUCUUUUUCCGUAAAGAAGGUAGAAAAGCGAAGACAAGGCGUACCCCCGACAGAUACUUGCUAUCUGAAACAAACUGAUGUUAUCAAUAUAUUGUGGUACUGUUCGUUGUAAGAGUGCUACGCUCUGCAUGAGGCCACUGGUGGUUUUAGAGCGUUUAACUUGCCUCCAGCUCAGCGAUUUCAACGCCAACGGAUAGCCAGUCAAAGCAAUGAACAGGUAAGAAAGCCACAGCGCAAUCCUAGUGGCAACGGCCUAUAACAGCCGUAUCGUAGUGCGCGGUAACUGCUGCGUAAAAAGAAGCGACUUAUGGCAAAAUCAUUUCUCUCCUUACGUCGAUAGACAGACAGAUAUUGUAUAAUAGAUACACCAUGUCUGUUGAUCAAGUUGAACGAAGCAGACGAUAUUGCUAGCGAUGUCACAUUCAGCGUACACGGAAUACAGACAGGGCUAGCAGUAAUAGUAUAAACUGCUAUUGUUAAGUAGCAUCAAAAAACUAAGCAACACAUUUACGUAUAAAUCUGAGUGUAAACAAACGACCGAACAUUUAUUAACAUCAGAUAUAAGAAUACAUCGUAUAACAAAAUUCAAUUGAGAAUCAUAAUAACUAGGCCCUAAUAAAAAACAGACAAUAGACAAGUCAUUUUAUUUAAAUGCGCAUGCAUAAACGAAACGCGCUAUUAUAUAUUUGACAGAGAUUUAGCGUUAAUAGUGAAAUUGGUAUUUAAAUACACCUCAAAUACGUUAUCCGUUUUUUUAACAUGUGUGUUCUCGUCUAUCGCGUAUUAUGCACAUGCUUGACCGACCAAUGCUCUAUAGAAAAUGUACUUAUAAUGAUCUGAUAUCAUUCAUGUUUAUUUUGGCGCCUGUGUAUUCAUAUACAAUAGACACACUCGACAUACAUCUAACGCAGCAUGUGGAACGAAGACACACCCUUCUAGGAUUCUGUAACUUUAUUCAGUCAAGUUAUCGGGUACAAAACGUCGCCCAUAGACCCAUCUGCUACACCUGUUCGUUCGCGUUGGUUACUGCCGCUCCACAGUGAGGACAAGCGACGACGCACUCAUCCCUCUGUUGCCAUUGGGUCCUGUCUCUGUGGCGUCAGAGAGUCGCCGUUCAUCUGGCCUUGUAGCCACUUACAGCCGGCUUCAUCACGGCCGCAAUUGUAGCACUAAACCAGGGCGCCACCAGAAUGUCGUCUGCUCUGAACGGACCGUUACGCAUGCGCAGACGACUAAGCGCAGACCCCCAAACUCUGAUUGGCUGGUGGCACAGCAGCGACCACAACAGACGACACCGGCGGCGGUUGUUUGUUUGCUGUGUGCGGCCGUGCGGCCGCCUCCUAACAGCGGUAACUGUCUCUCUUCCCCUAGCGAGCAGCCGCAGCAGAUAUUGCUGAUGCUGUUGUCGUUGUUGUUGUGUAGAAGCGUAGUUCUUGUUUGCUGCUUUUGCCAUUUCAGGGACGAAUAAAGCUAGCUAGUACUACUGUGAGUGCUUGACUAUUAGUCCAAGUUCGCGAGUUGUGUCACACCUUUAGCUAUCUGGCUCGGUGAAGGUGGGAGCCACUACUUGAUAGAGGGGAAAUUAUUUUCUUUAUCGUCGUCGAGACGGUGGCGACCUGUGGCGGUGCGUAUCCUAGUGGUAAUAGUGAGCGAACGAGCUGUUGUUUGUUGUUCAUGGUUCGUCCAGCUGCUGCUGCUGAUGUUACUGGCAGUCUGACCUGCUGUUUUUUUUUAUGUUGACGACGAAGCCUAUGCUGUUGUACUUAGUCGACCUGCGUUUCUUCCCGUUUGUGCUGAUAGGUGGCCGUCAAGUCUGUUCCUGUCAUAAGCUGUUCGCAGCUUGAUCUAUGCCUUCUAGCGUUGAUUUUGUUGCGGUGGAUCGGCGACACGUUAAGUUGAUUAGAGAAGAACUCGCUGGACAGCUAUGACAGUUAUGACUAACAAGCAAAUGCUGAGUCGACAUUCUAUGCAACGAGUUGCUAAUAAAAGCACAACAUUCAGUGGAGCAUAUAGUGGCUUUAGCACUGACUCUACGGAAAAUUUAUAAGUGGGUACGGCGGUUUCGGUGCGGUCGGCAUUCGCACAGUCUGAAAUAGAGACAGUCAGACCGACGUACAUAGGGUCAGCCCGCCAACCUCGUUGUCCCUUUACGUUUUGACGAAUGGCACUUCGCAGCAUAGCAACAAAGACUCCUCCACCUGUUUUUGUAUUGGAAAUCCCACAGACACCGAAAAAGCGGCCUGGCGGUGCAGUUCACCAGAGUCAGCAUCAGCCUCCAAACCCGAAAAGUGUCAGUGUAGUUAUCACAAAAAUGACAGCAGAUAGUAUCGAACCCAACAGCAGCGGAGAUGGGAUGAACCUACAGAGAGACGGUGCUGAUACUGCAAGUAUGACUCCUACAGCUGCUGCCUGUGAUAGUGACGUGAGUAGCCCACAUCGGCAACAACAACCUUAUGUACAGCACAACAUUGACCGGUAUUUUACACCACAGCCGGUGUCCCCGACGCUCCCAAACCAAUCGUUACCAGCCCAGACGUUGCCACAGCAGACACAAUCCUUCCAGUCCGAUCAGUUGGUAUUAAACCCGCCUGUAGAUAGCAAAGAUAGCAACCACAGCGUGAGUGAAUAUGAGAGCAGCGUCAGCGGUAGCAACAAUAACAACGACCACAAACCACAAAAAGAGAAUGUACCUAAUACAACGACGCUGCUGCCAUCGUCGAAAAACGGUCAACAGCGGAGCAGCGGAGGCAACAGCAGGCAGAAUUCGACGGCACGCAAGGGGACCAGCAGCCGGCCGACGGCCCGUCGCAACACAGGUAAAUCUCAAACGACCCGCACUCAACGGAAACAGCCGUCAGGACAGAAAUCAUCACAACAAAAGCUGACCUCCGACGUUGACGGCGGUGUAGUGAAGACGCAAAGUAACAACGACAACCAGGAUGAAGACAAGGAUGUAAAACGCAUCACCGAUUUUUUCCAACUUCGGCGAAGUCAUCGGAGAACGAAGGGCGAGAUGAUCAAGUGUAAACAGAUGCUUAUGGAGGAAAAGGUGCUACAUGCUGAUGAAACAGGAUUCCAGAUUGUUAAGUUUGAGGAUAAAGGGCGAGGUGUUAUAUCGAACGCCAAUCUGAAAGCUGGUGAUUUCGUUCUCGAGUAUGCAGGCGAUCUCAUUGAUUUAAAAGAAGCACGACGUCGUGAAGAAUUGUAUGUACGGGACGCAGCUGUGGGGUGCUAUAUGUACUAUUUUCAACAUGAGAAUACGAACCACUGUAUCGAUGCUACCCUUGAGAGUGACCGCCUUGGUCGACUGAUCAAUCAUUCAAUUCGGAGCGCGAAUCUAAAGACAAAAUCUGUUACAAUCGGUGGUAUCCCGCGGCUAAUAUUUGUCGCUAAGCGAGAUAUUAUCGCCGGUGAAGAACUUCUUUAUGACUACGGUGACCGUAGUAAAACGUCGCUUCAAAGCCAUCCUUGGUUGAAAAAUUAAAUUUCCAAAACUAACACCAAACUGUUUCAUCACGUUUGCAUUAGCCUUUGAGCCUGCCCAUACGUGGCGAACGUCGUUGGAUUUAGUAAAGUAAGCAAGCUUUACAAUCCGAACGUUAAUGCAUACGUCUCGCUUCAAGAUGAUACGACGACCGUACGGCAACACGACGUCAGCCUUCGUUUGACUUAAAGAGACAGCUUGUUUUUCAAGAAAUUCGUGCGAUGUACACGAUACAUGUUUACUAUCUGCUGUUACCGAGAUACUUGGUUGGUGGCGGAGCGUGCCUCAUCGCUUCGAUGUCAAAGUGCCAGUAUCUUCACUUUGAAAUGGUUUCAAAUGUGUCAAAUCAUAGAUUACUAAACGAGCACAAUCCCCGUCAAACCCACCGAACAUAAUGUAUUCACACGACGAGAAUAGACACAACACAUUAUUCAGAACAUAGAAUGCUUUAUCAAUUCGACGAGAUUAAUUUAUUAGAUUUUAAUCACAUACGUGUUAACGACGAAUUUGUUAGCUGUACAAAGGGUUCUUCUACCUAUCUAUAGUCGCUUUGCAGAAAAAAAAAAA